CGCUGUGACGUCACAUCUAGCUGUCGAGAUCGAUGCGAACAGGUGGACGCACACGUUGGGUGCGUCGAGUCGCGAAACCGGAGAUUGGGACGCAGAAGGAUCCGCGGGAGGCUGUGAUCUUUUGAAAUGGCCACCGCAGCUUAUUGCAUCAGCACGUUUUUGCUGAUACUCGCGUUGCUGACGAAGACAGGAUACAGCAUCCGAUGCUACCAAUGUAAAAGCAUCAGCAGUGAGAAUCCUUUUCAGUGCAAUGAAUUUCUAACAAGCGACAUGGACAUGGAGCCGAAAUCCUGUGAUGACGUUUACGGAGCACAAUAUUGCAUUAAGCAUGUAGGCCGUUUCGAGGGUGGCAUCGGUACAAAGCGAUUUUGUUCGGCUGUCGACUUGGGAAAUUACUGCGAUUACGUAAAACAACCGGGUGACAAAUUGACCUAUCGCACCUGCGUUUACACGUGUACCGGUGACGGAUGCAAUCCAGCAGCAUCUUCUACGCCGAAUGCAGUAUAUACGUGGAUCAUACCUCUGUCUUUAUUGGUAGCUUGGAGAAUGCUCUUUCACAGGUAGAAAAUUCUUCAACAUUUUGAGAUCUCGAUAACUAUUCAAAAGUCUGACGAAUUUGUUGUUCACUGUAAUGAUGAAUCUCUCGUUUAAGAUGCGAAUAUUCAAAUGUUAUUUCCGUAACAUGUUUAUAUAUGAAAUUAUUUUAAAACUAAAAAAAAUUAAAUUUUAAUUUCAAUUUUUAUAGUACAAGUAUUCUGACAAAUAAUUUUCUCAAGUUCGAUAAUGUCAGAUAAAAUGUUUUAUAAGU